AUGGCCGGCAAUAUCGAACAAGUGCCCAUUUUCAACAAAACGGACAACUCGCUGCUGCUGGUUCAUUUGACCGUGCUGGAUCAAGACGUAAUCUCCAAUCUCACAAACAUUUGCCAAAAGACACUGCAACAUCCUGCACAAAUCCAAAUGUGGACUCCAGACAAAUACCUACUUCAAUCUGUUGCCAGACAAUACCGCAGUCGAGACAGCGUGGCCAACUUGUACGCCGUCGCAAUUUUACUAUACCGAACCGGCAGAUCGAGUUUCAUCGUCGCGGAUGAUCUCACGAACCGUCAAUUGACGGGAAAUUGUCGGUUUGGAGAAGACAAAUCUCUCUCGGUAGUAGAGGUGAAAGUAGAACCAAAGCUAUUGAUAACGGCGAAUAUAGAAGACGAAGUCUGGGUUCAUGCCAGGCGUGUUGGCGUGCUUGAACCAAACCAGUUAAACGGUUUGAUUAAAUCUUGCUCUACAAAAGUAACAUCAACACCUAGUUCCUCCAAGAGAGAUGCUACUACAUGGGGGUCUGGGACACUUCUACAUGAUCCCGACUGGCCACCAUUUACUGCCGACCUUGCAUCUUCUCUGGGACGAGUUGAGUAUAUGAUUACAGUGACCACAGCUCUAUCACAGCGUCGCCUUCCGCAGGAACUGAUAAAUGAGAUUGUGUCUCUCGCAGACAGAGAAGCUCUGCCACCAGCCGAUAUGCGGCUGUGGAAGCAGCAGCAAGGAAAAGAACAUAUUCACAUCUUCCUACUGUUUUUUUCAAAUGAACAAGAAAGUGCCAGACUGCAGUCAACCCUAGAAAAAAUUGCUACUGAUAAACUGCAGCGAAGCGGUGGUGCGGAAGUGAAAUUCAGCGUUGAACUGAUACCCCAGGAUCGCCAUGGCAUUCAAAGUCGUCGAGAUCUGUUGUCAUUCUGGAAAGACUAUCGGGCUCAACAGCCGGAAAGUGAAAUUGAUGAUAUUCACCUCCAAGUUCUUCUUAGCCCUUUUGAAGAACAUGAGGUUAGCUCUGCUCAGUUCGCAACUCUCUACGCGGACCGGGAUGGGAAUGCAAUUAUCCGCCGCGAGUCGUUUGGCACGCUUCUCAAUAGGAAUAGAACUAGUCCUCUGAAGGACCCUCGGGAAGUGAAGUUCUGCUCCCCUGAGAACGUUGAGAAACUUCGACAACCAAACAAGCCCUCCUAUUUCCAACCACCUUUAUGGGUACCAGUAAAAGAAUCACUAUCAGAUGGCGAAAUAAUUGAAUGGGCACCUGUAUUCUACCUCACAAACAAGCUAAACUCCGAUCAAGACAAGAACAUUCGACAGGAACUUAUUACAAAAAACGAUAUCGACGAGGAAUUCGAGGUUCGAAAGGAUUGCUGCUAUGUACCAUGGGAGAGACACCAAGAUGGAACACCGCAGGACAUUUGGGAGAUUAUCUGGGAGGUCUACCAGUACGACCUUCAUCGGUCGGCCAUUUGCUGCAUCGACCAGCAGUCCGGUGAAGAUAAUACAGUUCUCCUCGUCAAAAUGGACUAUUAUUUUGAAGAUUUGGAGGAGACAAAGUAUCCUAGGGAUCUUUUGAAGGAUUUACUGUAUCCUGAUAUACGAGGAUUCAAAUAUGUCCGAGUACCCGCGCGAGAUGUGCAUACGAGCCUGAUCAAUCUGGCUAUAGCUAAUAUGGGAAUUGAAGAUAUGGGGGACCAGGACUUGAAAAGCUUCCACAGACCUGGAUGGCCUAAUCUUAAAGCUCUCCUUCCUUAUAUUGAGGAUGAAGACAUUGAAGAGGAUCUAGCAGAAUCGUUAUAG